AUAUCGUUAAAAAUUUAUGCUAGUUUAUUGCGGUAGUAUUCGUCAAACGGCAUCAAUUCUAUCCAUGUCUGAAGAUUGUCUGAGAACUGGUGAUAAAGCGUUGGUGCACUUUCGAUUCAUAAAACAUCCCGAGUACAUAAAACCGGGUCAACGUAUGGUAUUCAGAGAAGGUCGUACAAAAGCAGUCGGUAACGUUUUAAGAUUAAUUCCACAUUCUGGUCCAGGAAGUACUCAUACAUCAAGAGCAAGUAAGCCCAAUAAAGUUCAACAAAAUCGACAAAAUCCAAACGCACAGAUCUCAGAAGGUGUUGAUGGAAACAAUCCUGUAGAAAACCAAACAGCAAUCUAGAGAGGAAUUUUUAUGUAUAAAGUAUACAUAACUUAUAAUCAUCAUUUUUUAAAACCACAAUAAUCAAGAGUGUGAAAAUCUAUAAUUUGAUAUAUAUAUUUUGCCUAGAAUAUGUGUGACAAAUCUAUUCUGUAAUAUUUUAUAACAUAUUAUAAUAAAUUUUAAACUCUACAAAUUUAAUAUAAAUCGGAAAAAGUAAAAUUCUCUUAUUCGUGUUGAAAUUGCUCCAAAAGGUCUAAAUUAUCUGAUACCAUUCUCAACUACAGAGUUCUAAUUUAAUUAAUAUCGUAUUUCGUAAAGAGCACUUAAUUAUUUUUCAUAUAAAAAGACUAAUGUGCAGAUUUUUUUACAACGAAUAAAUAGUUAUAUGGAUGUUGCAAAUUUGUGACAGAUUCCUUUAAUAUUUAGAGAAAAUAAAAUAGAUAACAGUAUUUUCUGAUACAAUAUCUAAGAAUAAUUUAUUUUUUUUCAAAAUUUUCUAGAUCUAAAGAAAUAAUGCACAAUACAUUCAAUUGUUUGUUCAUACCAUAAAAUAUGUUGUAAGUAAAGAGAUAAUUCAAUAAAUAAUGUAUUAUUCUUUAUUACCCUUAUACGAUAUGCUAAAAAAUAAUUUUUUUAGAUUUAACAUCUAAGAAAUCAAACAACUUCAUUUUUUGUA